AUGGUUGCACCAAGAUGCUUCUCCUUUCUUGCUUUCCCUCUAAUCUUACAUCUUGCCAUCUCACUCUCUUCCAAUGGAGCAGUUGCUGAAUCAGAAGCCGAGGCUCUUCUCCGAUGGAGAUCCACUAUUUCCGAUCGACCGCUCAAUUCUUGGCCGCUCGCUAAUGCUAGCAGCACAAGCCCAUGCAACUGGACAAGAAUUACUUGCAACAAUCUUGGAAGCAUUACAGGGUUAAGCCUACAAAACCUCAGCUUGAAUGGUACGCUAAAUAACUUCAGCUUCUCCUCCUUUCCAAGUCUCAUCCACCUUAAUCUAAGCUUUAAUGAACUCUAUGGAGCAAUACCACCCGGCGUUGGUGCUCUUACAAAUCUGAGUACACUUGACCUCUCCUCUAAUAUGUUCAGUGGUGCCUUACCACUUUCACUCGCAAGUUUGAAAAACAUGGUCUCUCUUAAUUUAGCUGCAAAUGAUCUCACUGGUCAUGUGCCCCCAUCACUGGGUAACUUAACUAGCCUAUCAUACUUAUCACUCUCCAAUAACCAUUUCAAUGGUUUGAUCCCAUCUUCCUUGGGAAACUUGGCUAGGCUACUCUAUCUAGACCUCUCUAUUAAUCAGAUUUAUGGUCCAAUACCACCAGAAAUUUGGAAUUUGAGAAAUCUCAGUACACUUGCACUUCAUAUAAACAAACUGAGUGGUUCGCUCCCUCCAGCUAUCGGUAACUUGAGCAGUCUGACAGUGCUCUUUAUAUGUGAAAACAGUCUAUCAGGCUCGCUGCCACAAGAAUUGGCCAAUUUAACCAAGUUGGUUGCACUAUAUGCAAGUCUGAAUCAAUUCUCUGGCUCUUUGCCAGAGGGAUUAUGUUAUGGCUGUUCCCUGAAGUUCUUUACAGCAGAUAACAACCAGUUCACAGGCUCCAUCCCAACAAGCCUUGCGAACUGCACUAGUUUAACUAGACUAAGGCUCAACAAAAAUAAGUUCACAGGCAAUAUCUCUGAAGCAUUUGGACUGUAUCCAAGACUACGGUAUAUCGACCUCAGUUCCAACGAUUUCUAUGGUGAAAUCUCUAGGAACUGGCGAUAUUUACAAGACUUGACGGCGAUAAAAAUGUCUAAGAAUAGGAUUUCUGGAAGCAUUCCAGCUGAGCUUGGGGAACUGACUCAACUAGGGGUGCUUGACCUUUCUUUGAACCAGCUAUCAGGGGAUAUUCCAAAGGAGAUAGGUAAACUGGGCCAGUUAUACAACUUGAGCUUAAGUGGUAACAAUUUGGCAGGGAGGAUACCAGCUGAGAUUGGAGAGUUGUCAAAUCUACAACUUCUUGACAUAUCAGCUAAUAAUUUGACUGGAAAUAUACCAACACAAUUGGGCAACUGCAUCAAAUUGCAAUACUUAAAAUUGAGCAACAAUGAAUUGAGUGGACGCAUUCCAAAUCAGAUGGGUAAUCUAGAGCAUCUACAAAGUUUACUAGAUCUUAGUCAGAACUCACUAAGUGGGGAGAUAACACCACAAAUUGGAAAUCUACAAAUGUUGGAAAGCUUGAAUCUGUCACACAAUAAGUUAUCAGGACUUAUCCCCUCCUCUUUAGGGAGUAUGUUCAGCUUGUCAACCAUUGACCUAUCCUACAAUGAUUUAGAAGGCCCCCUCCCAAAUGGCAGAGUCUUCAAGCAAGCUUCAAUAGAUGCAUUUAUGAAUAACAAAGACCUAUGCGGUGAAAUAAAAGGUCUAUCACCUUGUAACUCCUCAUAUACCAGUGUGAGGCAUUCAAAAAACAAGCAUCAUAUGAUGAUCAUAAUUAUUCUAAUUCCAAGUGCUCUUGUGAUCCUACUAGUAUCAGUUGGAGGCUUUGGUUUUUCAAAAUGGAGAUUGAAGAGGUCUCACAUCAUAAAUAGCCAAGUGAGCAGCGAAGAUCGGCUUUUAGAAUGGAAUUAUGAUGGGAGAAUUGUCUACAGAGACAUCAUUGAAGCAACUGAGAAUUUUGAUAAUAAAUAUUGCAUUGGGGUAGGAGGAUGUGGGACUGUUUACAAGACGCAACUGCGAAACGGAAAAGUUCUAGCUGUGAAAAAACCUCAUCGAUCAGAAGAUGGAAGUUAUUUUGAUCAAGAAUCUAAAAAUGAGAUACUGACUCUGAUGAAAAUUCGACACCGGAACAUUGUGAAGCUAUAUGGAUACUGUUCCCAUGCUCAAUGUUUUUUUCUUAUGUACGAUUACAUAGAAAGAGGAAGCUUAAAAACUAUAUUAGAAAGUGAUGAAAGAGCUCUUGAGUUAGAAUGGCCUAAGAGACUCCAGAUAAUUAAAGGCAUGGCUCAUGCUUUAUCUUAUAUGCACAAUGACUGCAACCCUAGGAUAGUACAUCGAGACAUAUCAAGCAAAAAUGUACUUGUGAAUCACGAUUUUGAGGCUGUCAUCUCAGACUUUGGCACUGCUAGGAUUUUGAAGCCUGACUCUUCAAACUGGACCACAUUUGCAGGCACAUAUGGAUAUGCUGCUCCAGAGCUAGCUUACACAGGGAUAGUCACCAUGAGAUGUGAUGUAUAUAGCUUUGGAGUUGUAGCAGUGGAGGUGUUGAUGGGAAGGCACCCAGGAGAACUAAUCACUUCUCUGCCUUCAAAAAGUCAUGGAAACAUAUUAAUACAAGAUUUAUUGGACCAUCGUCUCCCACCCCCUACGAAAGAGUAUAUGAAUGAUAUCACCUCAGCAAUGGCGCUGGCAGUUGAAUGCAUAAAUCCUGAUCCACAAUAUCGACCAAGCAUGCAACAGAUAUCUCAGGAGCUUUCUGCAGGAGGAUGA